AGCAAUGUAGUGCGGCGAGACUGCCUGCCUGAGAGAAUCCAUCACAGAAACAAACCGCCCCCUCCCACUCCGAGUGCCCCCGCUUCAGAUGCAACUCAAAAUACAUAAAGCCUCCAUGUUGCACGGGGAAUGUAGGGCCAGCAGAUAUGAACUGUUUGCUUAAAAGUGGACUUUAACGCCCAAUAACUUCGCUUCGAUACACGUUUUUGGACACGACCGAUCCGACGGGCUUCCUUGUGUUUUCAGCGUUGUUCCAGACACGGCCUCACAUUUUGGAUGAUCGGAGCUUCACAGCUAGCUAACUCGCUAACACCAAGCUAACUUCAGCUAGUUAGCAACUCGGUUGCUUUUUGUGUUUAUUCUUCUCAGCCGCAUACGCUGUCGGGUGUUGCUCUCAAAAUACUUGUGUGCAGCGAUGAUAUUUUGCCAUAAAUGAGAGCCAUUCACUGGCCUCCAUUCACCACCGUGCUAGCUGGCUGGCUACCACCGCUGCCACAACACUUCGCCCCGGACGGUUGCCUGGCUUUGUGGGCUGGCUGGUCAUCCUCGUCUUAAACAGCUAGCUAACGGUAGCUAGCAAACGAAGCAAGGGCGCUAGUACGAAUAACAUUGUGGGAAACAAAACAGGAAUAACCACCCGUCUAAAUGGACCACAUGUCCAUAAUAACCCAAGUUUCCAACCCGAAGGAGGAGGAAAUAAUAUCCUUUAACCAGGAAAAAGCGUCCCAGUCGAACAGCAGCCUAAAGAAGCAGAGGAGCCGGAGCAUCUUCAGCACAUUCUUCUGCUGCUUCCGCAACUACAAUGUGGACCCGCCAGCCACCAACACCAACACCAGCUCCCUGCCUCCACCUGUUGAGGAGAAUGGAUCGCCUCCCAAGUCUGACCAGGUCGAGGUCAUCCCUGUCCCUAGUCCACCAGCCAAAUACCUCCUACCAGAGAUGAUCAUAUCUGACUAUGGCAAAAAGUGCGUGGUGAUUGACUUGGAUGAAACGCUCGUCCACAGCUCGUUCAAGCCCAUCAGCAAUGCAGAUUUUAUUGUUCCAGUGGAGAUCGAUGGUACCGUUCAUCAGGUAUAUGUGCUGAAACGACCCCACGUGGACGAGUUUCUUCAAAAGAUGGGAGAGCUGUUUGAAUGUGUGCUCUUUACAGCCAGUCUUGCCAAGUAUGCAGACCCUGUGGCAGACCUGCUGGACCAGUGGGGCGUAUUUCGAGCGCGACUCUUUAGAGAGUCCUGCGUUUUUCACAGAGGGAACUAUGUCAAAGACCUCAGCCGGCUGGGACGAGAACUCAGCAACGUCAUCAUUGUUGACAAUUCACCCGCCUCUUAUAUUUUCCACCCAGAAAAUGCUGUCCCUGUCCAAUCCUGGUUUGACGAUAUGAAUGACACAGAGCUCCUGGACCUGCUGCCUUUCUUUGAGGGACUCAGCAAAGAAGAAGAGGUUUACGGAGUCCUGCAGAAUCUGAGAGGCAGGUAGCAGGACACACCACAGGGCCGCCUGUGCUCUCCAUCCUCCUCUCUGUCGAUCUCUGCCCCCUCCUACAGCCACAUCUCUCAGACUCAGGCAGAUCCUCCCACACGCGCCCCUCUUGUCUCUGCCCCAAGGGGACGCCUUGGAGUCUCACUGUGGAAACCGUCAUGUUAACCCCGUCUCCGCUCUCAUCUCCUGGUGAACGGCUGCCUUCUGAGUGCCAUCAGAAAAUUUAAAACAAACAAAAAAAUAAAACACUAAAUAUCCCAGGAGCACUGUGUUUCACACAAACCACACCAGAAAGCGCUCAGAGUGUCCUAAGUUAAUAAUACUGGGGACAAAAUGCUAAGAGGAGUGAACUCUGGUCUUUAUUUUCAAACCAACAAAGUUUUACUAUUCGGUGAAGUGCUUAUUUUAAAACCAAAAAAAAAAGGUUUUGUCCGAAAUUUCUUUUGUGGUACCACACAAAAGUCUGAAAUGAUUUUGUCCUCGUAUUGUUGCUAUGCAGGCAGUUUCUGGUGGUAGAAAGGACUGUGAUUCUCUUUUCUUACUGAAUGAAGUGCCUUGUGUGAAUGUUGUUUAUAUGGGAAGAUAUUUUGUACAUGGCAUAUUUCCAGAGUACUUCAGUCUUUUCACACACAAUAUGCUUUAAAGUGGACACAGAAGUAUCUUGAUAUAAAAGUUUUACUUUUUUUGAUUAUCAAACGCUGGGUAAAUGUCUCCAUAGUAUUCUUUUUUUUUUUCUUUUUUUUUUCUUCUCUCCCGGUAUGCUUGUGCCAUUAUAUAGAUGUGACUUUGUUUCUUUCUGCUUUCAUUAUACGUAGAAAUAGUUUACUUUGUUUUAGGCGAAGGAGUACGUUUGCAAUUGUGAACUUUAUGCCCCAUCUGCAAGUACAGUAGUUCUCUGAUAGUUUGAUCUGAAAGCUCAGAUAAAUUGUGCCAUUUUAUUUUCUGUCUUCGCCCCCUUUAUCUCAUUUUGUUAUUAUUUGCCAAAUAAGAAAAUUAUUUUUUAACAGGCUUCAUAUCUUUAACAGGGGUUCAGCUAUAACUGUUAAACCUUUAGUUGUAAGUAUAGCGUUAUAGGUUUUAUUCUUUUGACAAAUAGUUGUAUGUUUUUAAUGUUAUGAGGUCCUUGUUUGUCAUGUUGUGCUUAUCAUGUGGCUAGCUGUUAGCCCACCUGCUUUCUUGUUCUAUUUUAUCUUUUUUUUUCUUUCUUUCUUUUUUCUUUUUUUUUGGGCACACGAGUGGUGCAGCUUCACCCUUACACCUCUUCUUAACUGGACGCGAUGCAAAUGAGUGAACAUCAAAUUGUUGUAGUGGUUAGUCAUGAAGAAGUCCUAAUUUGCUCAGUGCGUCAGCAUACAGGCCAAGUGAAGUGUUGCUUGGUUCAAGCAAUACUCGCCCAGAUUUGUGCACUUUAGGGAUGUCAGCGAAUAAUCUGUUAACCGCCGAGAAUAUUCUUGACCGGUUACGCAUGUCGGUUGAUAGGCUAAACAGCCAGCGAGCUGCAUCAGCAUGCAGAAAUGUAGUUCUCGCUGCCCACCCUUCAGUCUCCACUGGUUAGCUAGCCGCUCUGCACCGCCCGGGUUGGGCGGGAACUAACUUUAGCUAGCUGCACCACUCGUUUACUGCUAGUAACACCAUCCCGAACUAAUAGUAUUUUUGUGGAAACAUUGAGCCCACCGUAUGGUGUCCCCUAGGUUGUUUCAGUGAGUAAUCGGUUCAAUUUUAAGCUGCAAAACCCCUUUGGCAUCACUGUUAGCUCUGUUAGCAUCGUUAGCAGUGUCAACACACCUGGUUUUGCUAGUUAACAAUGCUAAAAGGAUUCUGUGGCUCAAAAUGAAGCGACAUUCUCACCGGGACAACUUUGGGGGAGACUGGAGGGUGGCUUAACGUGUCGCAGUGAUGUCAUCCAUCACCGGGAUGGCAUUCCAGUGGUAGUUGCAAAUGAGCAGUGCUGCUAGCUAACCUAGCUCACACCUGACCUGGGUGGCGCACAGUGCAGAGCGGCCCGGGCUAGCUUACCAGUGGAGAUCAGAGGGUGGGCAGUGGGUGCUAUGUCUUAGCAUGUUAACAUUGCCAGCAGGCUGUCCGUCAGCAAAGCCAACAGGAAAUAAAAUCAAAGGCAAAACAUUAAAAUGUCAUCACCUCUGCAUGGAUAGCACUUUGAAAUGCAGCACUGAAGCUCACAGAGUCAUUGGAAUGCCAGACUAAAAAGAAAGGUCUCUUAUAUUUCAUGAUAUUUUGCGUUGUUUACUGCAAAAUUAAUUAGUUAAAUACCAGUUAAUGGGUUUCUGUUGAUGGACUGUCAAAAGAAAAAUUACGUCCCUAGUGCAUCUCCAAACUCAGAGCAACAGCAAGCCAUUAUUUUGGCUCCCUGAAUGUUGAUGUCACCUGUAGUAUACCUGAAACUUUGUCGCGCUCUCCCUGUCAGAGUUCCUCGCUCGCCCGCUGUAUGUUAGGAAGAGGUGUUGGGCUGCAUUCACACCAACUCCAGCGAUGAGCAGCAGGGUUGUGUGGCGAUGUGGGAGUCGGGGGUGGGAAUCACCAGAGGCUCCAUGAUACGACAUUAUCACGAUACUUAAGUAACAAUACGAUAUUACUGUGAUUUUAAAUGUUUUGUGAUAUUGUGAUAGAUUGCGAUUUAUUACCAUUUUUCAACUGAAACUAUCCACAGAGGAAAAAUUUAUCGAAAUUAUCUAACACGAUAAAGUUUUCAGUCUGUCCAUCUCACUUCAAUCUUCUUCUUUUUUGCUGCAAAAUGAAUCAAUUGUAGUCGGCCACGAAAAGAUUGAUUUGUAUUUGCAAUAUUAAUAAUUAAUACAUUAAAAAAAGAUGCUUGGCGUCCGUGUAUCGACACAAUAUUGCCAUGCAAAAUAUCGCAACCCAAUGCUGUAUUGAUUUUUUUUCCCCUGCCCCUAGUGGGAAUGUCACUCAAACAUCACUUUUGGAGGAUGGAGAGAAUCUCCUCAUGUCAUCGACUGGGUAUUUGUCUUCGCUCAUUUUUUCAUGCUGGCUUAAAAGAUCGAUUGAACUCCUUGUGGUUAUCAUUACUCAGUCCUUCCAGGAUUUUGUGCUGCUUUUAGGAUCGUUGCGACCGGAAAUGCCUGAUUUCACUGCAGCUUUUUUUUUAACAAUUGUGAUUCAUGUUGCGACGUUCUUUUAUUCACUAUAAUUAUUAACUAUAGAAAAAGACUUAACUUGUUCCAGUGAACUGCGGGCAUCUCUCCAGUCUGAUUUCCUGUUGUGCGAUUGCCCAUGGGAGCUUGCCAUUUGGUUGCGUUUCUCCAAAAACAGAAUCUGCUUCAACUUUUUGCCGCAGGCCGCUGUGUUUUUUCUUUUCCAGCCGCUCCGCUGCCGCCCCACCGCUGCUGCUUAGACACACUACCCUCACUGAAAUGAAUGGGAGGAGUGAUUUGGUGUGAACGCAGCCUUAUAAGAUGAUCUUUCUCCAUAAUUGUACACAGUUGCAAAGGUAUACCUUUUGUUGUUUCAAACAGGCUGGGAUCUUACAGCAAAUGGGUCGAGUGCCAUGUUUUUAUGUUUUCUCAUGAGGUUAGUGUCUUUAGGGAAUAUAGGAUAGUGUCGGAUCGAGUCUGGACAGAGUUAAAAUCACACCACUUUCUCCUGGUUUGGUCCAGCGCUGGUGUAAAACCAGUGGAGACGUUGUGUGGUAUUUAUCUUCCCAGAUUUAUUUUAACUGCUCUUCACCUCAGUGCCUACGUUUGAGAGGAGCCACGCAAACCGAAUGCUGCAACAUGAGCUACCAUGGCAAUAACCUUUUUUGCGGGGAGUGUUUGGUUUGGGUGUCUAGAGCACUUGUUAAGGCAGGCCUGGUUCUCACAGUGACUUUUCGUGUUCAUAUGAACCUUCAAACAUUUUUUUUUUCAUAUGAUUUGAUCCAAAAACCGGACAUACACAUAUAAUUUAGUCUUAGUCUUUUUAGAUUUUUUUUUUUUCCUUUUCAAAAUGAAAAAUACUGAAACAACUUGAAUGUUGCUCGGUCUAUUUCCGCAGCAACAGCCAAACAACCCUGUACAGUGAACUACAUUGCCAUAGUUAACAGCUUGUGUUGUGGACGAAAAGGAGGACGCCUUCCAAACCUACAGAUGGGUGCUCAGUCCUGGCUCAUCCAGACAGCCUCCAGAUGUUAGGGGCCAGCUCUAAAUGGAACACUACUGGGGCACUGCAAAAGGACUGUGAAGAACCUCACCAUGGCAUUGAUGCCUUACUGCCUGUGGAGGCACAAAGCAAUGUUUCUUCAUUAAUUCCAACGUUACAUCCACACGUUUUAGCAUCGUCUCAUUAGUAUUUUCUUAUGGAGCGUGAGGAAGGUGCAUGUAUGUACUAGACCAGUGGUUCCCAACCUUUUCUUUAACCCCCCACACCCCUUCAUCAACACCAUCCGUCAGGUCCCAGAUGCGUUCAGUAACUGGAUGUUAUUAAACUCAAUUCAC